GAUAGUCGUCCCUCGUCAAUCAAAUUACAAUUUAUAAUUUCUAUGCCUGAAAUAUUCAGACACGCGUUUCCCGCGUUCCAAAAUCUUGUCGCAGUAAGUAAAAUAUACUACCGUAGUUAUACACUCAGUAGUAGGCAUAGGCAAGAAAUAGGACACAAAUUUUACUAUGGAGAAAACCCUUGCCUUUAAGCAAACCCGCUAAAUCUUGAAAAAAAUUAUUAAUGUCUCCAAUGGACCCUUUUACGAUCACCCAAUGGCAAUUAGGUUAGUACUUUCCACUCCAUCUCCUUUCCCUUUUUUUUUCAACUUUAAUCGCUAUUGAUACUUUUUCCCUUUCGGGUCACUCUUAAUGCUUUUUGAGUGGACCCAUUUCAUUGAUUUUAAUAAGGAAUUGGGUGGUGGUGCUGAAUUGUUGAUUAGUGUCAGUUGUUAUAGAGAUUUGGUUUUCUGAGCUAUGGGAACUUCUGGAUGGUAGUCAUUUUUUCAUGAAUAGUUUGAUAUAUUAUCUUUAAUAAGCUAGAAUAAGUGGGUAUCUGGUGCUCAAAAUGAAUGGCUACAGCUCGUUGGAGCAUACUCUUCGGAAUAUACUUUGCGCUAUCAAUCCGUUGGAUGAGGAUUGGUCUAUGAGAUUUCAACUCAUUGAUGAACUUCGAGCCAUGGUUGAAAACAUAGAAAGCCUGAGAGGGGCAACUGUAGAGCCAUUUGGAUCUUUUGUGUCAAAUCUUUUUACAAGAUGGGGAGAUCUUGAUAUUUCCAUAGAGGUUCCCAAUGGAUCAUAUAUCUCAUCUGCUGGGAAGAAGUACAAACUAAGUCUACUAGAGGAUGUACGAAAAGCUCUGAGAGCUAAAGGUGGAUGCCAAAAGCUGCAAUUUAUUACCAAUGCAAGAGUCCCAAUCUUGAAGUUUCACGGAAAUUACAAUAUUUCUUGUGAUAUAUCAAUCAAUAAUUUGAGCGGCCAAAUGAAGUCCAAAAUAUUAUACUGGAUCAACAUGAUUGAUGGAAGAUUUCGUGAUAUGGUUUUACUGGCGAAAGAAUGGGCUAAGGCACAUAAUAUCAAUGAUUCGAAGGCUGGAACUUUGAACUCAUAUUCUCUCAGCUUGUUAGUUGUGUUCCACUUUCAGACAUGUGUACCUGCAAUUUUACCACCUCUUAAAGAAAUAUAUCCAGGAAAUAUGGUUGAUGAUCUUACAGGUGUUAGGGCUAGUGCUGAGAAGUUCAUUGAAGAAACAUGUGCUACAAAUAUAAAUCAACUUAUGUCAAAAAAGUCACGAGCGUUUAAUAAGAGUUCUUUGUCUGAGCUUUUCAUCUCAUUCAUUGCAAAGUUCUGCGACAUCAGCUCAAAAGCCUCUGCUCAAGGAAUUAGCACAUUCACUGGCCAGUGGGAAGACAUUGAGGGCAACAUGAGAUGGCUGCCUAAGACAUACACAAUAUUUGUUGAGGAUCCCUUUGAGCAGCCAGUUAAUGCAGCGAGGGGUGUAAGCAGUAAACAACUAACAAGAAUAGAAGAAGUAUUCAGGAGGACCCACUUUAUGCUUAUUUCUUCGAAUCAAAAUCAGAAUGAAGUUAUUUCUACUCUUGUUAAGCCACAUGUAUCAAAGUCUGUGGCAAGAACUCCUACUGGAAACCAAAAUAACUACAGUAGAAAUGGCCUUAGGCCGCAAGUGCAGGCGCAGAGAGCUAUAAAGCCACCACGACAAGUACAACAUCAGCUUCAGGCACAGAGAGCUAUACCGCCACCGAUGCGAGCACAACAUCAGCUUCAUGCACAGAGAGCUGUACAGCCACCAAUCCAAGCAGCACAGAGAACUGUACAGACACCAAUCCAAGCAGCACAGAGAACUAUACAGCCACCUAUCCAAGCACCACAUCAGCUUCAGGGACAGAGAACUAUGCAGCCACCUAUCCAAGCACCACAUCAGCUUCAGGGACAGAGACCCAUAUAUCCACCAUUUCAAGCACAUCGGCUUCAGGACAAAAGGUUGGACAGGAAUCAGAAUUCGUCGGCGCAGAGACCCACCCAGGCUAAUCGUGUUCAAACACAGCCAAUAUGGAGGCCAAAAUCUGACAGAUAGGGACGUGAAUUUGACGCGUGCUGCUGAAACUAAGUGUCCUUUCAAGUGCGUACUAUUUUUGUUUUGUUAGGGUAAAAUGAUGGCUUGGUCCAGAGAGAUUAAUGAUUCUUUUGCCAGUUUUAGAGAAAAAGACAAUUGUCCCUUCGAGGGGACAUCCGAUAGAAUUGGAACGAUACAUGAAAAAAAAAAUUGAUAAUACAUGUUGCCAUGUGCUAUAAUUCCAGCACUAGUGAUGGAAGAUGCCUAUGCACAAUACUUGAGAUAUAAUGAUAUAUUCUCUUAGAGGUGUUCC